AUGGCGAAGCUGCUGUCCUGGCUAGUGGUCCUGCUGGCCUCACAACUAGUUUCGAGCGUGCCAACUUCGAAUCAGCCCACGAGUCGCACGCCCGUCCUACAGCAGAUUCACGACCUAUCAAUCAGCCCUUUUCGAUACGUGCGCGAUGCUGUAAUAGAAGGGAUAUGGGGUACGCCGUGUGGGCGCAAGUUGAAGCCCUAUGGUCGGGGCAGAUCGCGUGCUCCAACUAACUACCGCACCCGGUAUGGCGACGAUGUUGUGCUGCGGUUCCAGUUCGAUACACAGGAAGAGAUUGAGGCCUUAUCUGACGCGAUAGACGUCUUGUACUUGGAUGUAUGGGACAUCACGAACGAAUGGGUUGACAUCAGACUCUCCAACAGCGUGGUCACGUCUCUGCUCGGUUUACUCCCGCAAUCGAUGGGUCAGAAGUACACCCCAGUGAUCUACGACCUCGCCAAAGCAGUAUACGAUACAUAUCCCGGGGCAGAGACAAGCCACAAUGAAAGGCCACUUCAUCCCAUCGACGACCAGGCAGUAUCGCCUGUCGAGGUCAACGACAUAUUCUUCAACGAGUAUCAACCACUAUCCGUACUCUACCCAUGGCUACGGUUACUAGCCUCCAUGUUCCCAACACAUGUCACACUGGAGUCCAUAGGCCUGUCCGCCGAAGGCAGAGACAUCCCAGCCCUCCGCUUGGGCGCUAGAGUCGACCUUCCGCCCGACCACGAGCACCCUACUAGAAUGACGAUCCUCGUGACCGGAGGCCUCCACGCCCGCGAAUGGAUCUCCGUCUCAACAGCCGCCUACAUCGCCUAUAACCUCGUUACCCGCUACGGCGACCCCCGCUUCCACGACACCACCAAACUCCUCAACCACUUCGACGUCGUCUUCAUCCCCACCAUGAACCCCGACGGAUACGAGUACACCUGGACGACCGACCGCCUCUGGCGCAAGAACCGACAGCAUACCUCCCUCCCAUUCUGCUCCGGCAUCGACCUCGACCGCGCUUUUCCCUUCGCGUGGGACGGCCAUGACGAGAUCGACAACCCUUGCGCCGAGGACUUCGCGGGCUCUAAACCAUUCGAAGCGUAUGAAUCGCAAAGGCUGGCCGAUUGGGCGAAGAAUCAGACCUUGAACAACAACGUCACCUUUGUCUCAUUCCUCGACCUCCACUCCUACUCGCAACAAGUCCUCUACCCGUAUAGCUUCAGCUGCGACUCCGACCCGCCCAACCUCGAAGAUCUGGAGGAAGUGGCGAUAGGGCUCGCCAAAUCUUUCCGACUGACCAACGGGCGAUUCUACUCUGUGAAUAGUGCUUGCGAAGGCAGCACUGCAAUCGACUACAACCACGAAAAUGAGCCAACACGGAAAGGACCCCGACCACGCUUCCCACGUGGCAGCAUGGAAUCGUCAGGCGGGUCAGCACUGGACUACUUCUACCACGAACUCCGCGUCAAAUACUCCUACCAAAUCAAGUUGCGGGAUAUGGGCGCAUACGGAUUCUUGCUCCCCAAGGAACAUAUCCUGCCGACGGGCGCGGAAGCGUUCGAGGCGGUGCUGGGGCUGGGGAGGUGGCUGCUGGGGAACCAUGGGAUCGAAAGGUCGGAGCUGUGA